CAGGUUUUUUUUGUUUUUUUCCCCCUCAUGUCAUAACAUGGUCGACUUUGACGGGAUUCUGGAAAUGUCAGCUACCCAUUGAGUCUUUGCUUUAAAAUUUCACAUCCUAACCCACUGAAACAAUGCCACGCUACGAACUGGCCCUUAUCCUGAAGGCGAUGCAGCGACCGGAGACGGCGGCGGCUCUCCGGCGGACAGUGGAGAGUUUAAUGGAGCGGGGCGCCGUGGUGAGAGACAUGGAGAACCUCGGAGAGAGGCUCCUGCCCUUUGUGAUGACCAAACACAACCAAAAACACCACCGGGCGUCCUAUUUCUUGAUUGACUUCUACGCGGCUCCCAGCAUCCUCACGGGCCUUGUCGAUCACUUACAUCGCGACGUGGACGUGGUGAGGCCCACUGUGCUGAAGAAGGACACGCAGAAUGCCAAACAAGCAUGCUGUGGCCCUCUGCAGUGAUGGAAAGUACUUGCAGUUCAUAUCCUGAGGAUGUGCUGUAUGCUGCUUCUUUGACCUCUUCCAUGAGUGUUGGACCUGAUUUAGCUGUUUUGUGAUAUUAAUAAACAAUGUUUUUUUUAAUAA